GUGCAAGACGAGCGAGGACGAUUGCGCCUUCAUGGACCGCAGUCUGCAUUUCGACAUUCUAGAAUGCCUGAGCCUGCGUCUGAGCCACACCAACAGGAACAGGCUGGCUUUGCGCGCUUCCUUCCAGACUUUUUCUUGACGAGGGAGCAGCACGACAUGGCCCUCGAUCGGUUCUUCCGCUAUUUUGGAUGUUGGGCGCAACGGGUUACCCCCCAUCUGUUCUACCGCGACAUGGAAGCCGCGCAGUGGACUGAGGUAUCCGAGCUGCCUGUCGCUACACCUAAUUACUCCCCCCUCCUACACAACUACAUCCUUGCUGUUGGACUGGCGUUCAGUGACGAAGAGCACUUGCGCGCGCAGACCACCCGGCGACUGUUUGCGACCGAAGGGGACCGCACUCUGGACCGAGAGUGCUCCAUGCCCUGUGUUGGAACGGUUCAAGGUCUGGCGAUCCGUGCAAGCUGGGCGAGCACCAUGGGCGACUAUUCCCUCGGCUGGGUGUACCAGGGCCUCGCCACCCGCGUGUGCUAUGCGCUUGGUCUGAAUGUGGAUACCCGCCCUCUUGUGGCCAAAGGCAAGCUCGACCACGAGUCCGCCGUCCAGCGUGAUGUCACAUUCUGGACAUGCUACUGUCAAGAGGCACUAUGGGCGCAGUACAUUGGCCGCAAGCCCAUUAUGAUGGAGUACUCUUUGCCCCUCCCGACUGCCGAUCCAGCAACAGACGACAUGCUCUGGAUGUGGCCCCAGGGCCUACGGCAGUCCGUACCGCCUCAGAAAAGCUACUUGAGCACGGCCUUCGUACACACCGCCAUCCUUAUGCAGGCCUGCACGGAGAUCACGCGAACGCUAUAUGCGGGGCGAUCCGACAAGUCAGCAUUAGUCGAGAACGGGACUGUUGAGCGCUUCAGUGACACACUUGAUCGCAUCUUGGAGGGGAUGCCUGCGUGCCUCCAUGUCGAUCCCACCAGGGCCGACCCCGUGCUGCCCCACAUCCUGAUGGGCCAUCUUGCGUUCUCAUGGACCGUGAUCCUGCUCUAUCAACCCUUCUCCCAGGUGACCAGGGCUGUGCCAGAUGGCCCUUUCGAGAAGAUCGGCCUAAUUGCCAUGACGCGAUGUCACCAAGCUGCCUUGAGAAUCGUCCAACUGGUCGCGCUCUGGGGUGAGCAGCACUCUUUGCGCUUCACGCCCCCAACACUAUCGGCAAUCAUCUACUCGGCGGGCACCAGUUUCUUACUGGCCGCAGCGCAGGCAGGGUUGCCAUCUCAGACUGCUGCGGCAAUGCAGAAGGUCCAUGUCUGCCUAGGUUUUCUUGAGGACAUCGGGUGCACGUGGAAGGCGGGCCGGCAACAGGCGGCAGUAUUGCGCGGCCUAUUGGAUCAGUGUGCGCAGGCGAGCCGGGAGGUGCCCGCGCUAUUGGGGAUCGAGAGAGGCUGGGAUGGGCCCCGAGCGGACGAGCCGUGA